UGACGUCACAAUAUUGAUUGCAAGAAAAUCGUCUUUUAGACGCCAUCUUAAAUAAAAGUGAUAUAAGUUUUGGUAGCGUAGAAUAUAGUUAAAAUCUAAAGUAAUCCUAUUUUAGAAGUUAGAAUUUGAGCUUAGUUAUUUUUAAUUUUGUAUAUCCAAGUGUAACGGACCAAGUUGUUGGUCGGAGCGAGGUGUCCUCCUGAUGGUGUGUACAUCGCAGCAUGUCUGCACUCUCGACGCCGGGCGGCGGAGGCACUACGGCGCAGACCAAGCCGACGUCCGGCAAACAAAAGUACCAGAAGUUGGACAUCAAUAGCUUGUACUGCGCCAACAGGAAUGAAAACUCCGAGCCAUCAUCAGUAAAGUCUCAACUAAGCCGUAAACAUGGAAUGCAAAGUCUUGGAAAAGUACCUUCAGCUAGACGACCACCUGCUAACUUACCUUCUUUAAAAACUGAGACAGGACAGGAUCCUAACGCUAACUCUAUCUCUGCAACUCCUGCGUCGGCUCCGGCACCGGCAGCAACAUGCAACUCACAGACUGGUCCGACAUCACUGAGCAGCAAUGCGGGUGCGGGCGCGGGGGGCGGCUGGGUGCCGCUACCCCCUCCUUCCUCCCCCCACUUCCGCACAGAGUUCCCGUCGCUGGAGGCCGCGGCGCAACCCUCACACCGCUCCGGCGACCACGCCACAUCACAGCCACAGCUAAGACCACAAACGGAAGGCAGCUGGACGUCCGGUGGCACGGCCGGGGCGCGCGGCGAGGCGCCCCCCGCCGCCGCGCCCGCCGCUUCACCCGCCUCGCAGCAGCCGCCCGCCUUCCGAGCCAUUCUUCCUUCCUUCUUGAUGAAAGGUAGCGGCGGCGGCGGGAUAGGGCUGGGCACGCUGGGCACCCUGCGGGACAGUCGGCCUGCGGGCGGCGGCGGCGGCGGCGGAGGGGCGAGGGCCCCGCCCGCGCGCGCCCCGCCCCCGCCCCGCGCCGUCGAGGUGCUCACUACCCGCCCCAUCCUGCGGGACGAACAGAUCUCGUCGCUAGACGAUAUAUCGCGCGACGCCGGCUGGGCUCAGCACGAUGAUAUUGACUAUGACCAAAAGUUGGACUUUUCCGACGGUGAGUCAUCGGCCCCCUCCGGCAAAGGCGGCAAGGGGAGCAACCGCGCCAGCAUGGACAAGGAGCGGUCCGAGUCCAAGCUGGACGAGGAGCAGAUCUGGGCCGAGCGCAGGCAGAAGCAGAGCAACGAGGUGGCGGCGGCCGUGGCGCGCGCCAGGCAGCGCAAGGAGGACGAGCAGCGCCGCCAGCGCGAGCCCGAGCGCUACGAGCGGGACCGGCCCGACAACCGAGACAGGCAAGACAACAGGGACAGCCGGGACCGACCCGACAACCGGGACAACCGCGACCGGCAAGAUAACAGGGAUACCCGCGAGCGACCCGACAACCGGGACGCUCGCGACAGGCAAGACAACAGGGACAGUCGGGACAGCCGCGAGCGACCCGACAACCGGGAUAUGCGCGACCGACCCGACAACAGGGACAGGGAGCGCCAGGACAACCGGGACCGGGAGCGGCAGGACAACCGAGACCGCGAGCGCCCCGAGCGGGACGGCCGCGGCCGCGACCCGCGCGACCGCCAGGACACCAGGGAGCGCCAGGACACAAGAGAACGCCAGGACAACAGGGAGCGUCCAGAUGCUAGGGAGCGCCAAGAUACGAGGGAGCGUCAAGACACUAGAGAGCGUCAAGACACUAGAGAGCGUCAGGAUACCAGAGAGCGUCAGGACACGAGAGAGCGCCAAGACAAUGUCGAUAAGGACCGCGACCGCCCCGACAGGGACCGGUUCGACCGCGACCGCGCCGACCGAGACAAGGCGGACCGCGACUUCCGGGACCGCGACCGCGACUACAACCGCGAUCGCGAGCCACAGAACGCGGCGUUCUCCAAGUCGUUCCAGAACAACAUUCCGCCGCGCUUCCUGAAGCAGCAGCAGAGCCGCGGGGAGGAGCCGCCGCACGCCGGCAACAAGGGCUGGGCCUUCUCCGCCAAGCCCGCGCCGCGCCGCGCCGAGCCGCCGCCAUACAACGCGCCCCGCCACGCGCCGCACAACGGACGACGAUCAUACUCCAGGGACUACUCAGACCGAGAGGAUGAUUUCAGACGAGAAAAGGAGGGCUCCGGUCCACAGUGGCGAAACGAAAUGCAGGAUUAUGAACGUCAAAGUUCGAAAGAUUCAUACAAGGAUUAUGAUUACAAGGACCGGAGGAGUGAUUCCGACAGGAAAUCUAUUGAUAGCUCAACCGAGCACAGCAGUAGGACAUCCGCUGCCGAUAAAUUAAGCGAAGUAUUUGAAAGGAAGAGCAUAGGCUUGGUAGAGCCGUUUGCUAAUGCAGAUUCUACCACGCAGCAAUCCUCGGAACGCAGACACAGCCCGCCCUCCAUUGCGUCUCGAAAUUCAGCCGAAAGAGACUACAGCCAAGCGUCCUGGGCUGAGGCAUCUCUGGAGGAACAAACAGGUUACACGCAUCAGAAACCUGAAAAAGUAACACCUCAGAAGCAAGAUAAUAAGGAUCAUCACGAGAGUGCGCGACCGGAGAGCGAGGUGAGCAAGCGCGCCGCGCACCCGCCGGCCGCCGCGCCCGCCCCGCCCGCGCACCACGCCGCCCCUGCACAGCCCGCCCCCGCCCACCACCCCGCCCCCGCGCACCACGCCGCGCACGCGCUGUCCGCGCCCUUCGGCGCCGACCCGCAGCCGCUCGUCAGCAAGUACCAGGGCAGCCAGCCCGCGCCGCACAACUACGCCGCCGCCGCCCAACCCUCUUCACAAUCUCAAACUAACACCUCUUCUAGUCUCUCUCAGACUUCUUCUUUCUGUGAUAACCAAACUAUGUCUAAGCCGACUAAUCAACCUAUCGCUAAACCUAUUCUUCAAAAUGAAAUCUCUACUAACCACCAACUACAAAAGCAACCUUCACCUGAGCAGCUACCUCAGCACACUGCCAAGCCAAUUUUCUCAUCUCAAAAAUCGGACAAAGACAUGUCGGAAGCGGAAUCCGUUGCGUCGAAAUCGAGCGCCGACGCGGUGACCAAGGUCAAUGACAAGAUAAACGCAGAAUCUCUACACGGUAAUGUCGAUACUCAAAAGAGACCCAGUAUUCCGGUAGAGGAAAAGCGGGUCGAGCGACUCGGUAACGAGCCCUUCAACAAAAUGCCAGGAAAGGAGCCCGUGGAACGGAAAUCCAGCGGGUCCGGAUCCGAGAAGAAAGGGCGCGGCUACGGCAGCGGCGGCGGCUACGCGGUGUACAACAACCGCGGCUGGGGCCGGGAGUCGCGCGGCCGCCGCUCGCACCGCUCCUCGCGCUCCAACAACCGCGCCAGCGAGUCCGACGGCUCCACGGACGGGGCGGGCGGGGCGGAGCGCGCAGCCCGGCGCCGCGCCCCGCGCUCCCCGCGCGCCCCCGACCAGCCGCCGCCCGCGCACGACGCGCAGGAGACGCGCGAGCCCUUCGCGCCGCGCGGCCAGCCCUCGCGCCGCGGCCGGGGCGGCUUCCAGGGCGCCAACCGCCCGCCCGCGCCCGCCAAGAGAGUCACUGGCUACGGACCUCCCAACACAAAGAGCCCCUUCAGUCAAGCACAUAGGGCCACUAAGGACGGUGAGGAUCCUAUUAAAGAGGGUGGUCAAAUGGAUGACAAAACGAAAGCUAACAAACAGCGCACCGGCUCUUCUACCGCUAGAGGCGACGGGGGGCGAGGGCGGGACCGCCGGGCGCGCGGGGCCGGGACUGUGCCCAGCGGGGAGGACGAGAACUGGGAGACCACGUCGGAGCAUUCGGAGGGCGGCGGCGCGCGCCGGCCGGGCGGGGGCAGGCCGCGACCGCAGGGGCCGCGCCCGCCGCGACAGAACAACAGAAAUGUUCAAGGUGGAAAGAAAGAUAAUCAACCGGAUGGUAAUCGAACUGCCGAGGUUACAGAGGCUAUGUCUGAUCUUAAGUUAGCUGGUAAAAAGGAAGACGAAGUGGCCGAUGAUGGUUUCCAAGAAGUUAGAAAUAAGAAAACACCCAAGGACGCUCGAGGUCCGCCGGCGAAAGAAGAAAAUAACCAUGGCCAAAAGCCUAGAUCUCAUUCUAACCAGGGUGGCGGUCGUAACGGUUCCUCUUCUAGAAACACGAAUGAUAAGCCACGCGGUUCUGCACCGGCGUCCAACAAGCCGGGCGCGCAGUACGAGCGGCCGCGCCAGCCCAACCUGCCGCCGCGCUUCGCCAAGCAGCGGCAGAAGCAGCAGAUGGGCCUGACCAGCGGGUUCGGCCCCGACACGGGCGCCGCGCCGCCGCCGCCGCCCGUCAACGCCUGGGAUAAACCCAUCUCCCAGUCGCUCCGAGGCAACGUCGAGGAGCCUCCGGUGGAGAACACCGAAGUUAAAUCAGCUCCGUGCAGUCAACGCAGCACGCCGCCCGAGGUGCCCAGUGAAGUGAGCAAGCCUGCCAGCACGUGCGCCGCCGCCGCCGCUGCCGACAAGACCGGUGUACUUGACGGAUCCACACCUCCCGUGGAGACCAUCAUAUUUGAGAAUACUAACUACAAGACAGCCCCUCCGGCGGAAGCACUCAAGCAGAAAUACCAACCGACCGCGAAUGCGGCCAAGCCGGCAGUGGAGGAGGUGCCCGCCGAGGUGGAGGCGAGGCCGAUGACGUUCAACGGUGACGUGAGGGCGCUGCCGCCGCGCACCAUACAGGAGCUGAUCGAUACCAGCCGGCCGAUGGGCGACGGCGAGGGCCUCGGCUUGCAGAUGUCGUUCGAGUCCGCCCAGAAAGCCGAAGACUCGUCCGACAUGAAGCUGGACUUCGCGUUCGACUCGGACCUCGGGCAGCUGACGGAGGACAAGGCGGGCAAGGCGCUGGGGCUGCCGCGCGGCGCGCACCUGAGCACGUCCAGCACCAUCUCGCCGCUGGCCGCCGACCUCAACCUGAAGAUCGCCAGCGUGAAGAAGGUGUGGGAGAUGCCGGCCGUGGCCGAGAGCGGCGAGGAGCUGCAGUUCGCCGGCUUCGAGGAGGGCGGCGCGGAGGCGGGCGCGCCGCCCAACGUGUGCAAGGUGAAGCCCACGCAGCAGCUGCAGUCGCCGCCGCCGCAGCACUACAACCACGUGAGCUACCAGGGCGGCUACGGGCCGCUGUCCGUGCCGUCGCCGCCCGCCGUGCUGUUCAACAGCUCGCAGCAGCUGCUGUCCUCGUCGCAGCAGGGCUCGCUGUACGGCGCCUUCCUGGACCAGAGCCGCGGCCAGUUCGGCGGCUUCCCGCCCACGCCCUACGGCGCCGGCUCGGCCGCGCCCUACAACUACCAGCCGCCGCCGGACAUGUUCCAGAGCCAUCCCAACCAAUACCGAAUGGCGGCAGCGGGAGGCGGGGCCGCGUUCGGGCAGUCGGGCCAGCUGGCCAACAGCCCCAGCACGAUGCUGAUCUCCAGCACGUCCAACUCGCUCAUGUCGGCCACCGUCAAGCCCUCGUCGCAACAAAUCGGUGCUAUUGGCAGCAAAGGCGGCGGCCUAGGCGGAGUGGGCGGGGUCGGCGGCGUGGGCGGCGUCAACACGUACCAGCAGCAAUACCUCGGCUACUCGGGCCCUGUGGGCGAGGCGCAGUACUCCCUCCAGGGGUUGUUACCGCGGCCCGCGCCGCCGGCCAACAGCUACUACUCGCCGUACCAGCCGCCCGCCGCGCCCGCGCCCACCUACCCGCUGCAGUUCACGCAGCCCGCGCAGUCGGGGGCCUUCGGGUCGCAGUUCCUGUCGUCCCAGCUGCAGGUCGCCGCCGCCGUGCAGCAGAUGCAGCAACAGUACCGGCAGCCGCUGCAGCAGCAGUACGCGCCGCAGCCGCGCCCGCCGCCGCAGCAGCAGCUCAAGAGCCCGCUGCACGAGCACGCCAACGGGUUCGCGCCGCUCUGUGAGAGCGCCUCGCCCACGCCCAAGGGGCCCAAGACUGGCAAAGGCCCCCACUCGCCGCCGCACAAGUACUCGCACCCGCCGCCGCAGCACCUGCACCAGCACCACCAGCAGCAGCAGCACCACCAGCAGCAGCAGCACCACCAGCAACAGCAGCAGCAGCAUCAUCAGCAGCAGAUGCAGCAAAUGGUGAACAUGAGCAACAACAACCGCGGCGGCAAUACCGCGGGCAUGCGCGCCGGCGGGCUGUCGGCGCCGCGCUACCCGUCGCCCAUCCAGCGGCCUCACGCGCCGGCGCCGCUGUACCGCGCCGCGCCGCCCGCGCGCCACCACCACGCCGCGCCGCCGCGCGUGUCGCCCUCGCCCUACUACCAUCACCAGCGCAACGGAGGCGCCCCCGAGCGCGUGGAGACAGCAGAGGCUGCGCCGGCGGCGGGCGAGCCGGCGGACGAGGCGGCCCCGGCGCCCGAGCCCGCCGCCGCCGACGCCAAGACCGAGUGAGCGCCCACUGCGCACCGCCUGGAGAUUACCCAAGACAAGUCGACGUACCGAGCGUCGCUCAUUUAGGUUUUCGGUAUUUUAAGUCGUAAAUUAUGGAAGUGAUUUUAAGAUUAUUAUAAGUUUAUACGGAUCGGAGUGCGAUAUAUCUUCGAUUAGUAUCAUUGAAACUAGCCAGUAGUGCGAGGAGCGUGUGUUGGCGACACGCAUAGAGACUGUAUUUAGCGGUGUGACUUUAUUUAUCGAUGCGUGAGUCUGGUUACGGCGACGGCGCCCGGCGCGCCCGCCGCGCUCCCUCCGGCCGCGGCCGCACCGCGCAGGCGCACGGGAGGCGCUCCGUUUGUUUGUAUGUAAAUAUAUUGAUCCGACAGCUGUGUUUGACUGUCUACUUGACUGUUAUAUUUAAGUAUAAACGCAAACGGUCGGCGGCCUCGCUACAAUCGAAUUUUGUAUCGCGAGAUGAUACGUCGAAGUAAAUGAUACUGCCUUGAGCCCUCUCACUAGUGAAUACAUAGCUUGGGACUUCGCAAAAUGAAUGUCAAUGCAAUAUAAAUAAAAGUAAUUAAUUGGAGCUGUAGUAAACUGAAUGGCGCACAGCGUCUGCUGACCGGCGCGCGUUAGCGCUCCAUGUAUCAUAAUCAAUUAUUAUAUGCGAAUAAAAUUAUUAUGACCGAACUCA